AUGCUGCGCACGGAGGGUGGGCCGCUGGUGGCGUUCCGCCAGCGCUCCUUCACCCACGGCGGCGGCGCCGCGGCGUCCCGCGUGCACGUCUCGCUGCAGUGCUUCUCCGACUGCGUCUGGGUUCUCGUCACGGAGGACGACAGUUGCGUGCCCGGGGUGGUGCUGCGCCACGACCCGCGCGAAGUGGGGCUGAGCGCCAACUGGGAGAACCCCAACGCGCUGCCCGCCACGCCGUGCGAGUGCCUGCUGGGGAUGCGGGACCACCCCCUCACGAACGUCGUCGCCGGCGUCGUUGCCCACGGCAUUCGCGCCGAGGGAGAGCAGCGGCCACUGCUGCUGUGCAUCAGUCUGACCAAAACGGCGAAGCGGCUGGGGAACGCGGCCGAACGCACGGCCUUUGUGCGGAAAGUCAGGGACGACGCGAUGGCGCUUGCCACAGGGCAUAAUUAA